GAAGAAGUCACUUCCCAGUGCCGCUGAUUACAUGAGGAACUUCAAGAACAUCAUAGCGCCGGGAAAUGAGGCCUCCAUGACCAGGGAGUUCAAUCCGCAGGUGGCCUACGAGUUCGAAAAGUAUCUCAAUCCGCAGAAACUCAAGCAGCAUGUGCUGAGAAGCGAUAAGUUGCGAUCCAUCCUAGAACACUAUGCCAAGGAAUCGGGACAGCCGGUGAAGCAGCUGGAGCGGCAGGCCAAGGCGAUCAUCGAUGAAAUCGGUCUCGAGAGGAAUAUGGCCAUUAUCCGAUGGUGUGGAAUAGCCAUCACGGCGAUCGGGAAGCGGAUCUGCGAUGGAUUCUACGUCAAUUCGGCCAGCAUGGCCAAUGUGCGCAAGGAUAUGGGCAAGUGCCCGGUCCUCUAUCUCCCCAGUCAUCGCAGCUACAUGGACUUUAUCCUGAUGUCCUACAUCUGCUACUACUACGACAUCGAGAUACCAGGAAUAGCAGCCGGAAUGGAUUUCCACUCGAUGUUUGGAAUGGGCACAAUGCUGCGGAAGACUGGAGCCUUCUUCAUGCGGCGCAGCUUCUCCAACGACGAGCUCUACUGGGACAUUUUCCGGGAGUACAUGUACGCACUGGUGGCCAAUUACCACAUCGGUGUGGAGUUCUUUAUCGAGGGCACUCGCUCGAGGAAUUUCAAAGCACUGGUGCCCAAAAUAGGACUCCUUUCGAUGGCCCUGCUACCUUAUUUCACUGGCGAAGUCCCGGAUGUGAUGAUUGUGCCAGUGAGUGUGGCCUACGAACGAGUCCUCGAGGAGCAACUGUUUGUCUACGAGCUGCUGGGAGUGCCCAAACCCAAGGAGUCGACGAAGGGUUUCUUCAAGGCCCUGAAAAUCAUCGACGAGCGCUUCGGCAAGAUGUUCCUGGACUUUGGCGAACCUAUCUCAGUUAAGGAAUUCUUUGGACACGACAGUGGACAGCGGAUGCAGCGAGCAGGAGUUGGUGGUAGCCUGCAGAAGCUCAAUCGCCAGGAGGUGGAGCUGGUCAAGCAGCUGGCCAAUGAGAUUAUCUACCAGCAGCAGCGACGCAUCGUCAUCACCACCUUCAAUCUGCUGAGCCUCUACUAUGCCAGUCAAUUGUAUGCGCAGAAGAGUGUGAAUAUCGAUGAGCUGUCCCGUGGUGUUCUGCAUCUCAAGCGGAUCUUCGAGCAGCUGGGAGCCCAUUGUAGCACUUCACCGAGUAGUAUAAAAGCGGAUAUAAUCGAUGCCGUGGAGAUACAUGCAAAUAUUUUGAAUUUCGCCAGCGCCCGACUGCAAUUUACACCAAUGGCAGCCAAGCAAUUGGCGGAACGCAUCGAUGUGAAACGCCUGAAGGCACAUGCCCUCUGUCCACAAACCAUGGCAGUGGCUGUUCCGAUGCUCGCCCUUCAGCUCUACAUUAAUCCCUGCAUGUUCUGGCUGGCCAGACCCGCCUAUCUGCUCCUCGCGGCGCUAAAGGAGCAAAGGAAUCAGGAAAGGCAAUCAACUGACAUCUCUUACGAGGCCAGUUUGAGUGCCCUGCAUGCGCAUGUGACCAGCAUGGAUGCCCUGUUCCAGCACGAGUUCAUCAUUGAAUCGAAUCGCGAGGCAGCCGAGUUUGAGACACAUCUGCAGCUGCUCCUGGACGAACGGGUGGUGGAGUUGGAGCAGAGCGGACGGAUCAAGGUGCAGGAUAAUGAGUGUUCGCAUGUCAUCCUAGCCGCCCUGGCGCCUUUCCUCUGCCUCUAUUACCAACUGGUGGUCACGUUAAGAAAGAUCCCUUUGGAACUGGAGUUCAGCAACAAGGAUCUUCUGGUACGCGUCCAGCAGCAUGUGGAGCAGCUUCUCCAGCAACCCGGUGGCUCCGCCUCCCAUGUGCAUCCCUAUUGUCUGGCCCUGGACAAUCUGAAUAUAGCCAUUUACGCUUUGAUCCAGCGAGGCUAUAUUGUGAAGUGCAGGGACUCGGGACAGAUGAAGAUCGCCGGGACGCCAGGAAAGUGCCUGAGGGAACUGGAAACCCAGCUCCUCGAGUACUGCCAACUAAUGCCAUUCGCUCAAUACUCGACGGCGGCCAACCAGCAGGCCCAGUUCCACAUAGCCAAGUUAUAACUGGCAAAUGGCAAGCGGCCGACGGGGGAGGCGACGACGUCUAGGGAUGCGGAAACCGAACCAAAUCCCAAUGCGGAAUCAAGUCCCAAACAGUGUAGUACAAUUAGCAUUUCAUUGCUCAUGCAGUUCAUCCAGUUUGUUGUCGGCCUGCUCAAGAAUUGUCGCAUCAUCUGCAUUCUAUUUUUCAUCGUGGUGAUGGCGCCGCUUUGGCAGCUGCUCCACUGGGUCAUUGUAUCCUCCCACUCAUUCACGUAGAUUUAGGUGGUGUCUGUUUAGGAUGGGUCGAUUUUAGGAGUGCCAAGAAAUUCUGAAACAAAAAUCAAAAAAUAGCACUCAAGAAACUACGCUUUAAAAUAUUUUACUUAAUAAUUAAUU